CGCCCCCCCCCUCCCCCACCGCCUCAUUCAUCUGUGAGGGGAGCGAUUCAAGAGGUCGCCACCACCACCGCCACCACCGCCGGGUGCUAACCGCGGUUCACGAUGUCGCGUUUCUUCGCCACCGGCUCCGACUCGGAGACCGAGUCGUCCUCGUCACGCGAGGAGCUCGUCACCUCCAGCAAGCCCUCGGCCUCCUACAAGCAGCCGUUCUUGAUGAGCGAUGAUGAGGAGGAUGCCAAACGUGUGGUGCGCAGCGCUAAGGAGAAGAGGUUUGAGGAGUUGAACAACAUCAUCAAGGCGAUCCGUAACGCCAUGAAGAUCCGGGACAUGACCCGCUGCCUGGAGGAGUUUGAGCACAUGGGCCGGGCCUACCUGAAGGCACGUGCCAUCGUGGACAAGGAGGGCGUCCCACGCUUCUACGCUCGCAUCCUGGCAGACAUGGAGGAUUGCGUGAGCGAGGUGUGGGAAGACAAAGACGGUCGGAAGAAGAUGAGCAAGAUCAACUCGAAGGCCCUGAUCAGCCUGCGGCAGAAGCUGCGCCGAUACAGCCGUGACUUCGACACGGAGAUAGCGAAUCACCGCAAAAACCCUGUGCAGUCGGAUGAGGAAGGCGACAGUGACGAUGCCGGCUCUGGUGAUGACGGUGACAGUGGAGGGAGUUCGUCAGAUAGCUGUGGUGGGGGGCCGGCCAGCUUCCUGAAGAAGCAGCCCCCCACUCCACCCACUCACCCCCCCCCACUACUCACCCCCCCCCCACUACUCACCACCCCCCCACCACUCACCCCCCCACCAGGCUCUGGUGAUGACGGUGACAGUGGAGGGAGUUCGUCAGAUAGCUGUGGUGGGGGGCCGGCCAGCUUCCUGAAGAAGCAGCCCCCCACUCCACCCACUCACCCCCCCACUACUCACCCCCCCACUACUCACCCCCCCACCAGGCUCUGGGGCGACGGUGAGGAUGACGACUCGGAUUCUGACGAUGGCGAUUGGGGCUCAUCAGACGCAGAGAGCGACUCUGAAUCAUCGGACGGUGAGGGCACGGCAGCCAUGACCAUGGCCGAGAGGUUCCUCAAGCGGGAUGGAGAUAAGAAGAGUCUAAAGAAGAAGGUGAAAGAGAAGCGACCUCGUCACCACCGGGACGAGGAGGAGGGGGGCCCGGGGGAUGAAGGGGAGGGGCCGGGGGCCGGCGGGGGCGACGAGGGGGGCUGGGAGCAGGUCAAGGGGGGCGUUCCCAUGGAGAAACCCAAGAUGUUUGCUAAAGGCACAGAGAUCACCCACGCCGUGGUUGUGAAGAAGCUGAACGAGAUUCUGCAGGCACGGGGCAAGAAGGGAACCGACCGUGCGGGUCAGAUCGAGCUGCUGACGGAGCUGGCAAACAUCUCUGAGCAGCACAAUCUGGGCUCUGCGUUGCUUGUCAAGAUCAAGUUUAGCCUCAUUACAGCCUUCUUCAACUAUAGCAACAGUCUGGCUACAUGCAUGAAGCAGGACAUGUGGAACCGCUGUCUGGACAACCUGGAGGAGCUGAUGGAGACGAUUUUCUCUAACCACAACAUCGUCAUCGGAGAGCAUAUCCCUGAGGAAGCGGAGAACAUCGUCGCCGGCACCGGCGGCACAGAGAUCCAGGAGCCUGAGAACAUCACCAACCUGGACCAGCCGCUGCGAGUGAGAGGCUGCAUCUUGAGCCUGGUGGAGCGGAUGGAUGAGGAGUUCACCAAGAUAAUGCAGAACGCGGACGCUCACUCCCAGGAGUAUGUGGACCACCUGAAGGAUGAGGGCCGUGUUUCUCUCUGCAUCCGCCGGCUGCAACGUUACCUUGAGGACCGUGGGAGCCCCGACGAGAUUUGCCGCUGCUACCUCCGGCGAGUCCUGCACACGUACUACAAGUUUGACUACUCCACGACCCCACAGGUGACUAUAGUACUGGUACUAUUACUAUAGUACUAGUACCACCACCACACUGCACACGUACUACAAGUUUGACUACUCCACGACCCCACAGGUGACUAUAGUACUGGUACUAUUACUAUAGUACUAGUGCCACCACCACACUGCACACGUACUACAAGUUUGACUACUCCACGACCCCACAGGUGACUAUAGUACUGGUACUAUUACUAUAGUACUGGUACUAUUACUAUAGUACUGGUACUAUUACUCUAGUACUAGUACCACCACCACACUGCACACGUACUACAAGUUUGACUACUCCACGACCCCACAGGUGACUAUAGUACUGGUACUAUAGUGGUAGUACUAGUACCACCACCACACUGCACACGUACUACAAGUUUGACUACUCCACGACCCCACAGGUGACUAUA